CACAGACUCGCGCACACGCAUCACUUGCCUCUUGACUACUCACUGCUCCUCACUUCCUACAUUCUCUACUUCUUCUCUCUCUCAUCACUGUUUAUAUUCUCAUUCUCAUCUUUCUUCUUUGCCAUUAUUAUUCUCUCUUUAUCUCUCUAAAAGCUAUGAACCCCUCUGAAGAAUUUGUAGAACAGGGAACAUCUCAACAGAACUUGAGAAGGGUGUCCUCUACAACAGUGCUUGCAUUGGCUUAUCAAAGUCUUGGAGUGGUAUAUGGCGAUCUCUGUAUCUCCCCUCUCUAUGUUUACAAGACCACAUUCUCUGGGAAAUUAAGCCUGCAUGAGAAUGAUGAAGAGAUUUAUGGGGUGCUUUCCUUUAUCUUCUGGACAAUUACACUUAUUGCUCUCUUCAAAUAUGUAUUCAUAGUGAUGUUGGCUGAUGACAAUGGUGAAGGUGGUACAUUUGCAUUGUACUCUCUUCUCUGCCGACAUGCAGGACUAAGCAUUCUACCCAAUCAACAAGCUGCAGAUGAGAAGUUGUCUGAGUAUGUAACAGACAGAUCUGCAGACACCUGGCAGAGUUCUGCUCUGAAGUCAUUCUUUGAGAAGCACCCAAGGUUUUGCAAAGGGCUGUUGAUUUUUGUACUACUUGGAACCUGCAUGGCUAUUGCUGAUGGAGUACUCACUCCUGCAAUAUCAGUUCUUUCAGCAGUUUCAGGCAUCAAACUGAAGAUCACAGAACUCCAUGAGAAUCACAUUGUUAUUAUCUCGUGUGUCAUUUUAGUGGGGCUUUUCUCCCUUCAGCACUAUGGAACACACAAAGUUGCUUUCAUGUUUGCUCCAAUUGUCACAGCAUGGCUUCUUUGUCUUACUGGCAUUGGGGUAUACAACAUAUUUCGGUGGAAUUCUCAUAUAUUUCAUGCACUUUCUCCAAUUUACAUGUUAAAGUUCCUUAAAAGCACAGGCGUUGAAGGAUGGGUAUCAUUAGGAGGAGUGGUUCUUGCCAUCACAGGUGUGGAGACAAUGUUUGCUAAUUUGGGCCAUUUCUCUUCACUCUCAAUUAGGAUAGCCUUCACAUUUCUAGUAUAUCCCUCUUUGCUUCUUACGUAUAUGGGUGAGGCUGCAUUCCUUUCUAAGCACCAUGAAGAUAUUGAGAGAAGCUUCUAUAAAGCCAUACCAGAAACUGUCUUUUGGCCAGUGUUCAUAGUAGCUACUUUUGCGGCUGUGAUAGGGAGUCAGGCUGUAAUAUCAGCUACUUUCUCCAUUAUAAGCCAGUGCUGUGCAUUGAAUUGCUUUCCCCAUGUUAGAAUCAUCCAUACUUCCAGUAAAAUAUAUGGGCAAAUAUACAUACCUGAGGUCAAUUGGAUGCUAAUGUGCCUUUCUUUAGCUGUGACAAUCGGAUUGAGGGACACAGGCAUGAUGGGUCAUGCAUAUGGGCUAGCAGUGACUACUGUUAUGUUUGUGACAACUUGCUUGAUGGCAAUGGUGAUGAUAAUAGUGUGGAAGCAAAAGACAGUUACUGCUGUUGCAUUUCUGUUGGUGUUUGGAUCAAUGGAACUGCUUUACAUCUCUGCAUGUAUUUUCAAGGUACCUGAGGGUGCAUGGAUUGCGCUUACAGUGUCUUCUAUCUUUAUGGCUGUAAUGUACAUAUGGAAUUAUGGAACAAUGAAGAAACACCAGUUUGAUGUGGAGAACAAGGUUUCAAUGAAUAGGAUAGUGUCUUUAGGGCCAAGCUUAGGAAUGGUCCGGGUCCCUGGAAUUGGACUUGUAUACACUAAUCUGGUAACAGGGGUACCAGCUGUUUUUGGACAUUUUGUGACUAAUUUACCUGCAUUCCAUCAAGUGCUUGUUUUUGUUUGCAUAAAAUCUGUUCAAGUUCCCUAUGUUUGUGAAAAGGAACGAAUUCUCAUUAGUAGGGUAGGCCCAAAGGAGUGUGGCAUGUUCAGAUGCAUUCUGAGGUAUGGUUACAAGGAUCUGCAACAAGAAAAUUACAAUUUCGAAAACAGAUUGGUGUCUGGACUUGUACAAUUUGUAGAAACUGAGGACGAAACUGCAUCAAAAGCAACUGAUUUUUGUGGAGAGUUUGGAAACUCAGAUAUUGAAGCCUUCGAUUCUUCAGUGCAUACCAUCUCAAUUUCAUAUCCUGAAGAGGACAGAGUGAGGUGUUCAUGUGAUAUUCAAGUGAUGACAUCUGAUAUUGGUCGUGUGGAAAGUUUUCUUCUUAAAGAUGAGUCUCUGCAGAUUUUAAAAGCCAAAGAAUCUGGCGUCACUUAUGUUUUGGGGCAUUCCUAUGCAAAGUCAAAGAAACCAUCUUCCAUUUUUAAGAAGUUUGCCAUUGAUGUAGUAUAUGCUUUUUUAAGCAAGAAUGGUACCGAGCCUAAUAUUCUCAUGAAGGUGUCCCCUACUUCUUUGCUGGAAGUUGGUAUGAUUUACUAUGUCUAAGUUCUAAAGAAAAAGUUCACUUCUUGCCAGAGGAUCUUCCCCACAAGUGUUAUUUCUUUUCUGUUAGAUUAUCUGUUACUGAUCUUUAGGUUGACAUGCUACACUCUAUCUCAGGAUGUAAAUUAUGUAUAUAAUUUUAUCUUUUUGAUAAA